UGUUGACAAUUAAUAAAUUGUUUUGACACCAAUAUAACCUCAAAGACUCCUGUGCUCCUGAAUUGAAGACAAUUAUUAUUUUAGUGUUAUAAUAGAAAAAGCAAUAAUUAUAGUAUUCAUUUCUCACCAAGAAAAGCAUAUUGCAAAAUGGGUGACGAGGAUGUGAUACGUAGAAGGUUACUUAUAGAUGGAGAUGGAACCGGAGACGACAGAAGACUGAACGUUUUGCUGAAAACUUUGAUAAAAUGGUGUAACAGUUCCGACGAAAAACCUGAAGAGAGCAAGUCGACUCAUGACAGAAUGCUGGCUCAACUGGCGCAAUGCGAAUUUGCUGUAACCAAAUCUCAAUUAGCUUCAGAAAUGAUGGCUGCUGAGUUGAAAAGCUAUGAAGCACUCUCACAGAUACUCGAGAAUGGCAUAGAGGUGGCUAAAGGCAACAUUGAGAAAAGCAAAGCUGAUUUAACUCAAGCCAAGACUGUGCGUAAAAACCGCAUUGAAUAUGAUGUAUUAGCUAAAGUAAUAAGUGAGCAACCAGAUAGGAAAGAGACUUUAGAGCGACUUAGCACUUUAAAAACAGAACUCGCUAAUCUAGAAGCGACUAAACAACAACUAGAAAGUCGUUUAGGAUUAAGGAAGAAACAGUUCCAUGUUUUAGUGACCUCUAUACAUCAGUUACAAGCGCUGUUAGAUGAGCCUGAUGAUACGGAGUCACUUUCUGAUGACAUUGAUAUGAAGGAAGCCACUCCUGAAAUAUAGCACAAGUUUAACCCAUAUAAAGUGAAACAUGGUAACCUCAUGAAAAAUAAGAGAAAAUAUGACAAAAUUAGAAUAAAUAAAAUGAAAAACAUCUGCAAACCAAACAGAAAGGACAUAGGCAAUUGAUUACAAAUAAAUAAUCAUGAUUUCUUGAUAUUAUUGUAAGCUAACUGAACGGGACAAGCCUACUAAAACAUAAUGGUAUCUUAAGAAAUAAAAAAGAUAUGAUAUGCAACUUCUUUUGGUAUAAAGAAUACAUUUAUUUAUUAUAAACAGGCUGCAACAAAUUAUGAAAUCUUUUACAUACUUUUUUGGACUAAUUUCUAUUUUACACAUAACUGCAUGUAAACUUCUCAAAUGUCUGACAAUGUAUUGGCUUAGUGAAAAGAAGUAUAUCAAUAUAAUUAAUAUUAAACAGCACCUCUAUUUGUAAUGAAAAUUUUUAAGCAUGAAACUUGUUAAAAACUAAAAUAAAUCCCAUUCCAAUAUGAUUACCAAAA